UUUAAGGGUGUAACCGGGCCUAUACCAGUGGACAGUGUUCUACAUGGAAACUAUACUGUUACGAUUUCAAUUUGUUUUAGGAGAAAACUAUCAUUAUUGUGUAAAUAUGCCAAACAGAUCUGAAAGGAAUAUUGAUGAUUUUUUAUAUGAAAUAGACUGUUUCAAAUGGUCUUGUUUAAUAUUUUGGACUAUGACUGAAAUAACUUUUGUUUUAAACAACAGAAGAACUCAGUACCAGUAAUACACGUUUUACAUAAGAUUCUGCUUCUUUACAUGGACAUGGCGGAAGAUAAUGAUCACGCGUUCAGUUGUAAGUGGACUCUUUAUUCUCUGUGUCGGAAAGAGUUUUCAAGAAGAGAAGAAAGGAUCCGUGUUAUGUAAAUUGAAAACUGAGAACAUCUUUAAAUAUCUGGAAGAAGUAACAUGACCGACUCACAAACUUCAAAAUGGUACAGGGUAGAUCUAAGUUUGUUGAGAGUAAAAGGGUUUUACUUCUUUACAUUGGCUGCUGUUGGUGCUCUUUUACCGUUUAUGGCACUUUAUAUGAAACAGAUUGGUAUGACAAAAUCACAGACUGGAAUAAUUUAUGGUCUUAUGCCAUUUGUUGGGUUUUUAGUCAGACCUCUAUUUGGAGCCAUAGCAGACAAAUUUCAAAAACACAAACUGAUUCUUGUUCUAUGUUGCAUUCUAACAGGGUUGUGCUUUAAUCUAAUGAUUUUAAUUCCAACGAAACAUACAGAACAUACAAAAGUGAAAACUGAAAUUGUGUGUAGUCAAGGAGACUCAUUUUUACGAGAUUGUUACCAUGUCAACGAAAGUAUAAACAUGGAAGCAUGUCCCAUGUCAUUCCAUACUUAUGUUACUAAAGCCAAAGAGAUUAUUAGUGAGGAAUAUUUUGUCACAACAAUUGGGAACUCAAGCAGCAGUAAUAAUGUGCCAUAUGUUAUCAGCACAAUGCCAAAUGAACAAAAUGUGGCAACAAAGUCUAAACUUUCAUGUAGUUUGAAUUGUAAUUAUAAGAUAGCACCAGACUUACCUCAAAAAGUAUGUUUCACUAAUGCAACAGGCACAUAUGAUGCUGCUGAAUGCUACAGUGUGAAUUUAAAUAUUGGAAAAUGGGAAUCUCAUAUCAGUGUUAAAAUUCCAGAUCUUGGAUAUUUGUUAAACAAAGAAGUUUUAUCAAAUAGAAUAAAAACUGAUGACCAAGUGUGUAGGACUUUUGACCUGAAGGAUGUAGUGUACAAAGGUCAAGAGUACUGGCAGAUGUUGUGUAGUGAUGACACAGAUUUCAUGUGUGACCUUCAAUGUAGUCAUGUGAACACGUGUACUCAUAAAGUAGCAGACGAUCUAAGUCAAACAUCAUUUUGGUUCUUUUUCGUACUGUUUUUACUGGGAAAUAUUUUCUUUGCUCCUAUAAUGAGUUUGGGAGAUGCCAUAUUGUAUGACCUUCUAGGAGAGAAAAAUAGGCACAAAUGGGGUAAACAGCGAUUAUGGGGAACAGUAGGAUUUGCAAUGUUUGCUGUUGUAUCAACCUUAAGUAUUGAUGCACUUUCAAAAACCAGCAUGAACAGUUUUAGUGUAUCAUUUUAUUUGUUUAGUGCCUUAAACCUGGCAAUAGCUUUCACUUCUUGUGUAAUGAAAAUUUCACACAACCUAGCCUGUGGACAGUUGCUGAAAGGAACAAUAACUCUGCUACGUAAUCGUAAAACUUUAGUGUUUCUUCUAGUUGUGUUCUAUUUUGGAUCAUUGACAGGUGCAAUAGAGGCUUUUCUCUACUGGUUUUUAGAAGAGGAACUUGGAAACAAACUGAAAAUCAUUCCAGGGUUAUGUUCUUUAAUUGCAUGUUCAGCAGAAGUUCCAUUAUUGUACGUGUCAGGUUUUUUUAUAAAAAGAUUUGGGCAUAUGUAUUGUUUAUAUGCUGCCUUUUUCGCAUAUGCUAUGCGCUUUACAGCAUAUUCAUUCCUUACCAAUGCGUGGCAGGUUUUACCAGUUGAAUUGUUACAUGGUAUUACAUUUGGAAUUAUGUGGGCUUCUGCAACAUCAUAUGGCAGUAUAAUAACACCACCAGGAAUGUCAGGAACCAUACAAGGAUUGCUGAGUGGGGUCCAUUUUGGAUUUGGUAAAGGGGUUGGUAGUCUAGUGACUGGACAGCUGUACUGGAAGAUUGGUAUAAGAUGGACAUUUCGUUUAUAUGCAAUAUCUUCAAUUGUACUCCUUAUCUUAUAUGUUCUUGUCAACAAGUUUUGGUUUAAAGAGGAUUUACCUGCUAGACCUAGUGGAGAAGUUGAAUUGAAAACUGGAGGAGAAGAAGAAGCAGAAGAUCAUCUCCUUGGCAACAAUACAGCAAAGCAGAGUGAUAAACAUGCUGAAUUUCAUGAUGAACCCAAAACAGAUGAGAAAACAGACAGUUUAAAAACAAAUGAAAUUUAAAGAUGUGGUUAUAUAGGUUGAGUUGUGUCAUUUCUCUGUUUAGAUGAUUUGUUAUCUGUGCUUUAUAUUGUUAAUAUCCAGAAUUUGUGAUAGUUUUUUUUUCUCAAAAAUAUGAAAAUGCAUUGAUUGCAUCUGAUUCAGUGUAUGGUAGGGAUUGCCAUUGCAAGCAACUUUCAAAAGAUUGUUGGUUUAAUUUUGUAAAAUAGCCAAGACUGCCUUGUGGUAGCAUAUGAAAGUAAUGGGAUAUGUUUUGAUUGCCAAUAAUUAAGCAAUUCACAAGAAACCAAAUGACAUGGAUGAAAGCAAUCAUAGAGGUUAUAUAGCUUUCCACAAUGACUAAAUCCCAUACUGAAAAGUCAGUUUUAAAGGCUCUUAGUAAAAUUUUGAAAAUCGUCCCUUAUUUAUUUUUUCUCAAUUGUUAAUUGAAAUUAUUAAUAAGUAUUUGAAUGAAUUUUCCUUUGAAGUUCAACUUAUAUAUAGUUGAAUUUGUAGUAAGGAGUUUAAGUCAUAUAAAUGGUAACCACUUAGACAGAAUGACAGUAUUUUUUAAUAUACAAAGUGCCUUUUUAAAAGCAAUUUUCAUACAUUGAUUCAUAUAUUCUUUGAUUCUUUUAUUUUUUAUAUGUAAGUUUUGUUAUGGUUUACAAAACUCUUAUGAAAUUAAAGUUACAGAAGUUGUUCUCUCUGCAGUUCUCGUUUUCAGCAUACAUAGUUUGUACUGAUAAACAUUAUUUAUUUAUGAAAUUAGAAAUUAUAGAUCUAUAACUACUGAUAUUCAAUGUUGAUAUUGGCUUACUAUUUUGAAGAUUGAAAUCCUUUGAUUUGGUUAAACAAAAUAUAGAUUUGCAACUUCAUAGCGGACAGUUGAUUCUUUGUAGAAAAUUGGUUUUGAGAAAUUUGAAUUAUUUAAGCAGUAUUUGUGGUUCUGCUUUUGAAAAAAACCCACAUAUGCGUUUUUUGUUUUGUUUUUGUUAAUAGUACAAGCAUUUAAAUAUUUGGAAAUUAACCAAAUAUUUAGUUUUUGAACUGAUUGUUGAAAUCCUUUAUACAUAACAAUGAUUUAUCAAUGAAGUUAUGAAGUUUAAGAUGUAGUGCAUUUAAUUAUGAAAAACAGAUUAUUAAGCAAAUUUUCGAAGACUUUUAAUAAAGAAAUGCCAGAGGGGUAAAUAGAAAUAAAAACAAGUGGCAGCAAUGUGACCAGUAAUUAUUCCUAAGAUUUGAUAUUUUACGAGUAAAUUUUAAUAGAACAUUCCAGUUGUUUUAUUAGAUAAUAUACAUGUUUUUGUUUAUACUUGUUGUUUAGUAUCCUGAAUGUGCAUAACAUAUCUACAAUUAAACAUUAGGCAUUAACGAAUGAAUGAAUGAAUGAAUUAGUUAAAUGCUAUCGACUAGCUUUCUUUUAGUCACUUGUGAAGUUAGUUUUUUUUGUAUACCAUUUGAUAAAAGUAAUAUUAAAACUGUAAAUACCAUUACAUACAUAGGACUGACCAUUUAUAUUUGUGGGCAUCAUUUUAUUAUUUUCUUGAUUCUUAUUAAUUUGUUUCAGAAAUAGUUUACUAGAAAUAGUUUGUUUCUAUUGAUAAUUAGU